UUUUCCCAAGACAAGGGAAUCUCUUCAACUCUUUCUUCCCCUCCUUGAGUCCCACCUCUCCUCCUGUGCCACUUUUCUGCACCGGUUCUCCUUCCCUGAGAACGUAUAACCUAGCCUAAAAUGCGGGCCAGUGUUGCUUUCCUCCCCGCCCUCGCGGCAGUAGCCAGCGCUUCUCCUCUGGUUGCUCGACAGGAUAUCGAUUUUGAGCUCGUCGAUUCUGCUCCUGACCCCCCGACUGCGUCUAUCCCCAUCGGAGCCACAACUCAAGCAGUUACCUACAACUUGGCCAAGGCCACAGCAUCGGCCACCGCGAGUCCGCUGCCCGUCGAGAAGCGCAAUCUGAAGGUGCGGAACGCUUGCGACCCCCAGCCAACUGGAUCCGGCCCGGUCCCGGUCCCGGAUACGGCCAGUGCCUUCCUCGCCUACGCAUCAUUCUCAUCCCUGGCCUCCGCCGCUCCUACACCGUCCGGAUACGCGAAUACUUUCACAAACCUCCAGGGCAGCUCCGGCGCAUAUGGGUAUAUGGGACUGACGACCCUCGACACUUACGAUCCCGCCCUCUGUGCUAGCAAAUGCAACGCAAUUACCGGCUGUGUCGGCAUCAACAUUUACUUUGAGCGUGACCCCACUGUCGAUCCCGGAACCGGUUGCCAGAAUCCUCCAUCAACCACAGUCAUCAAGUGCACAUUCUGGGGCGGAUACGUUGCUGCCGAGAACGCCGUCAACACUGGCCAGUGGCGUAAUCAGUUCCAAAUCGUCAUUGCUGGUUCCAAUGGCUAUAUGAGUACCGCCAUACCGUCAAUACCAGGUUACACCGGAGUGUCGCUGGGGAACAAUGCGAUCAAUGCUCCCCUGGAUUGUAACGGAGCCAAUACUUACAUGGGCUCCAAGAUUUUCACCACCAGCAUUUUCGACCCGAGCUUGUGUGCAGCGGCUUGUGAGUCGCAAAGUGCUUACAACACUCGUCAUCCGCCCUCCACUGGCAAGCCUGCUCUUUGCAAGUUCUUCAACACGUACCUGAUGGCCGAAAACGGAAGGCCUCAAGGACAGUACUGCGCCAUGUAUACUGAGCCUUGGGCUGCUUCGUAUGCCACUAACAGUGGCCAAUACCGUGGCUCCGAUCAUUACACCAUCGGCUAUAGUUUCGCUUAUUCCAACGUGACCUCGCCAGGUCGCCCGGUCUGCCCCAGUGAUAUUGCCUAUCUUAAAACUGCCGGAGCCGACUUCUGCACGUCCUACAUUGGCUACUCUGCACCAACGACGACAGCCGGUGCCACAGCAACUGCCACCACAACUGUCAUUACCCUGACGACUGUUACCGAUGAAACUACCGUGACCAACUAUGUCACCUCCACGGCGAUCGUCAACGUUCCCCAGAGGCGAGACAUCGCUACUCCGGCUUCCAUCUCUGGCUGGGAGGCUGCCUCGAUCUCCUCGGCAUGCUCCCAGGUCGCAACCGGCACCCUCACAACCACCGCGACGUCUACACAGACAGUUGCUACCACUCUUGUCUCAGUCAUUACUGAAAAGGGCACCCAGACGGUUAUCGCCACCACAACCACGACCACGACGGCCGCGGCCUCUCCCACCAACCUCGUCACCAACGGUGACUUCGAGACCUGCAAUACAAGCGGGUGGAGCAUCAUCGAGAACACCAAGGCAGGUGGUGUUGUUGCCAGCGCCGUAGCGCCACAGACUGACUCGACCGGCAACGUCGAUGGAGGAAGCUGUUGCCUGAAAUUAUUCUCGUCCUACUACGAACCAUGGAACGGGAAAACGCACAUGACAUUUGGACAGGCGUUGGCGACUACAAGGGGAGUAACUUACCGCGUGUCGUGGGAAAUGUUGGGCUCCGGCGGCGACUCGAACUACUGGCAAGUGGCGAUCAACAACAAGGCGCCGUUCGCGUCGGGAAACACUGGCGGCGACAGUUACACGUGGAAUAGUUACACGGGCACUUUCGUCGGCACCGGGUCAGACACCCUGAUUAUCACUGCUCAGAGCUCCACCUGGGGUAUUGCAGCUUGGUACUAUGAUAACUUUGUCAUCACACCAUCUUGAUUUUCUGUCUAGCAAAUUUUAUGUACUGGUUAAUGAGCUGCUUUGAACAAUGGAAGCCAUUGUUCUGGGGACAACUUUGUCGUGGAGCUUCAUG